GUGGAGGGCCCUGGCGGUGCAACGCCUCAUGGCAUCCACCUGGCGCGGGUGUACUGCUGUGAUCCGCCGCCGCCAGUGUCGGUGUUGGCUGCCGCCCGACCUGCCGCUCGCCGUGGCGGCCGAGCCAAGAGGCGCUGCCGCGCCGCGGAGCGAGGAUGGGCGGCCUCCGCGUCUCCCCGCGCCGCUCGGCACGGUGUGGGUGUACGCCGAGUACCUCUACGGCCGCGAGAAGGGCGGUGGGGCGCCUCUCAACGCCACCGCGGUGGCCGCGGGCGACCGCGGGGCGAUCGGGCGGGAGCCAGGAUGCUCGAUAGCCAUCGCUCGAGUCGAGAUCGGGGAGGAGGAGUUCAGGAAAGAGCGCGCGACGGAGGAGAUGAAGCUCAUCGGCUCUGAGACGGACGCGCGGGUGCUCCGAGUGCCACUGACGGACUGGCUGGUCGAGGGGCCCAGGACCGUGCCUUGGUGCGUGGCGUUCCUGGGGCAUGGCGCGCACGGAGGCACCCCGCUGGAUCGUGGCCGCUGGUGGAGGCAUGCCGCGAAGCCCGAUGCCAGCGACUGGGGGCUGCUCGAUCGCGAGUCAGUGGGCAUCGCUAAUCUGGCUUGCCUGGAACAGCUGUGCCGUCGAGCCCAGCUCAUCGAGUACCACUACCGGGAGAAGGUGAGGGAGAGCGACAGGAACUCGUUCGGCAAGACGGCGCUGGCCCUCGACGAGCAGGAUAUGUUCAUGGGCGAGGGCCGUUGUGGUGGAAUCGUGAUGUGUUCGCCCGCUCUGAUGGAGCAGGUCGCGAAGGAGCUCGAGGGGGGGGCCUCGAUCGCCAACCAGGUGACCGUCCCCGUGCAGCUGUGCAGGUCUCAGUUCUUUCGAGUGGCAGGCGACGCCAGCGGGGCGUCUUCCCGCUGGCACGUGCAUCCUCUAUCAGCAAGAAGUUUCCGACUGCUGGCUCAAGGCGCCGCUAUCCACGACUUUGCCGCACUUUGGGAGAGCUCGCUGGAGGCGGGGACCGCGCUGGAGUUUUUGGUGAUGGUGCCGCUCCAGGAGGCGCCGCCCUCGCCACUG